GUUUGGGAUUCUGUCAGAGUAAGCAACCCUGUUUGCAACGGUGAGCAGACCGGCUUUGUAUCAUUCCUGCUAUAAUUGCAUGCUUCUCUUUGUCUCGUCAAAAAUCACUUCGCUCAACUAUUUUGUCUGUUGUUUCAUAUUUGCCAAGAAGUGCAUACAUCGGCCUAAAUCUCAUUGCAAGUUGCUAUAUCGGAGCUUGGUGAAAUAAGUUCCGCAGCUACCCUUGCCUGACCUCAUUCCGCGAGCUCGCUCUGCUAUAAACCAACUACUGCACCGUUCAGCCAUAACGAAUUGAACCCCUUCACUCUGUGCAACGUAUUACGAGCGCAUCAGAGCAGCCGUGCUCGAAGAAGCGCAGAGAUGUCAACGACUGGCGGUGCGUUCUUAGCCGGCGGCAUUGCCGCUUGCGGUGCUGUCACGGCAACACAUCCAUUCGAGACGGUCAAGAUUAGGAUGCAACUUCAGGGCGAACUGCAGUCCAAAGGUCACCAGCCGCACCACUACCGCGGGCCUAUCCAGGCCGUUUCCAUGAUCGUUCGGAACGAGGGCGUAAAAGGCAUCUACCGUGGUAUUGGCUGCGCCUACAUCUACCAGGUCCUGCUCAAUGGCUGUCGUCUCGGCUUCUACGAGCCCAUGCGCCAUACUCUCACCUCGGUCCUGCUCAAGGACUCGACGAAACAGAAUCUCGGCAUCAACAUGUUCUGUGGCGCUAGCUCUGGCAUCAUCGGCGCUGCGGCCGGAAGCCCCUUCUUCCUGGUCAAGACGAGACUGCAAAGUUACAGCCCUUUUGUCGCCGUCGGCACGCAACACAACUACAAGAAUGCCAUCGAUGGCUUGAGGCAGAUCUGGGGCGCCGAGGGCAUCAGGGGUCUGUACAGAGGCAUGUCGGCGGCCAUGAUACGGACAGGAUUCGGAAGCAGUGUCCAGUUGCCGACAUACUUCUUUGCCAAGAGAAGACUGCAGAAACAUCUCGGCAUGCAGGAGGGCGCGCCGCUGCACCUGACCAGCUCGGCUGUGUCUGGUUUCGUGGUGUGCUGUUUCAUGCACCCGCCUGAUACCGUCAUGUCUCGCAUGUACAACCAGAACGGAAACCUGUACACCAACAUGUUCGACUGUCUCGCCAAAACAGUCAGGACUGAAGGCCUCUUCGCUAUUUACAAGGGUUUCUUGCCUCACUUGGCAAGAAUUCUACCGCACACCAUUUUGACGCUAAGCCUGGCGGAGCAGACGAACAAGCUGAUUAGAAAGUUGGAAAACAGGAUAUUGCCCAGCACGACCUUGGAAAAGGCUUAGGCAGGCUACCGUCAGUCCCACUUACAGAUCUAAGCGUGGGCAUAUCGUAUAACAUCUUGCCAAAAGCAUCUGUUGAAGGAGUUUUUUCUGUGCAAUAUAGCGUGGGAAUGUUAUGUGUGGGCGUUGAAAAGAAUUUGGUUCUCCUGUUCGGCCUAUUUUGCGUUGGUUUAGCGGAAGAGGAGGCUGAUCUGCUGCUCAUAGAUUAUCAGAGGCGCAUAGGUAUAACUAGUGAAAGUGAAUCAAAAAAAGCCGAAACCUAUCCAAUAA